UUGGCGCCAGCUAUUUCGCGGGGCGACAGGACAACAAGGCGCAUUGCAAUUUCGAACUCAAGCAAAGGCCGAGUGUUGUUCAACAUAACAGGCCGAAGUGCAGCAGUCCAAUCGCCGACACUUCGAAGUGGUCGGCCGGCCUUAUUGCUGCUAGUGUCUGGGCGUCAUUUCUGCGGCGAAGGUCGCCUUUGCGUCUGGAGCCCGAGCGAGCAGCGCUUCCGUGCUGCGCGUGUGGCUUGACUUUGGUUGACUCCUUAUGACUUCGUUUACAGCGCUGGAUCUCGUGAAGGAAUCUUCACGUUGAAUUGAGAGGCCGGGUUUUGGCGAGUAACGAUGAUGGCGUCGGCGGAGCCUCCGAGCACCUUCAGCAUCGUCCCCCUGCUGGAGUGUCUGGAGGACAGCACCGCUGGACGCUCUGAGCAGACCGACGCCUACCUCACCAUCGCCAAUCGGCUCAGUGGAGAAAACGGCCGCCAGUUUCUUCCUGCUGUCACAAAGCACUUUUCCUGCUUGGGUAGCGCCAUCCUGAUUCAUGUAUUCAGUCCGCAUGCUGAGCUGAGCCAAGCAGCCCUACAAGCUCUGGGCUUUUGUGUCUACCAUUCACAUGUUGUCUCUGGAGUGUCAGAAACUUUAACCGCAGAAAUCCUGUCCGCGCUUUGCUCCGUGGUGUCCAAGUCUAUGGAAAAGAAUACCUGCACCAGAGCCUUGUGGGUCAUCUCUAAACAGAGCUUCCCCGCCGACAUGGUGGGCAAGAAGGUGGCGUCCAUACUGAGCACGCUGGAGAGGGUUUGGAGCAAAGGCGAAGUUCCGUCUGUCGUCAUGGAGCAUGAGGCCGUAAAUGUCAUCGUCAGGCUGCUGGAGCAGGUUCCAGCUCAGAUGGGCGAGUGGGCUGUGUGCUGGGCCAAGCUCGUCAUCCCCCUGGUGGUGCACUCAGCCUCCAAGGUGCGCCUGCGGGCGGCCGCUGCCAUGGAGAUGGGCCUGCCUUUGUUGCUGCAAAAACAGAUGGAAGUGGCUGCCAUCAUUGAGCCCUUGAUGUCCACGAAACUGAUUCCAGAGCUGCAGAAGCUUUUCAUGUCCAAAAAUGAAAUGAACGUCCUCAAGCUCUGGCCAUUAUUUGUCAAACUACUUGGGAAGCUGCUCCACCGGGGAGGGCCCUUUAUCAACUCGCUGCUCCAUCUGGAGGAGCUCGGCUUUCGUAGCUCCUCUCCCACUGUCAAGAAAAUCGCCUUUAUCGCCUGGAAGAGUUUGAUUGACAACUUUGCUCUCAAUCCAGACAUCCUUUGCAGUGCAAAGCGCAUGAAACUUCUCAUGCAGCCCCUCAUGUCAAUCAAUAUCCGGACGGAGGCGCUAUUGCUCACCAAGGUGGAGGUGUGGUGGUAUCUAGUGGUCCAACUCGGGCCCAACCUGUCGCCACACUUCGAUCUGGUGUCACUCCCGUUGCUACAGUGCACCAUUGGAUCUGAAGCUGUCUCAGCCCCCGCCACCCCUGCCAGAGGUCAAAAUGGCAUUGCAACACCAAGCACACCUAAAACCACAGGCCCACUGAGCGUUAACAGCCUGACACCCAACACGUCACGAAUUAACUUGAACUCCAGCAUGCAGCUCCCCUCCUCCUUCCCCUCCAUCAAGUUGCUGGGCCUGGAAAUGCUGCUGCACUACUUUCUGGGGCCUCAGGUGGUCGCCACAGCGACUAAGAGCAAGCUGGUCCUUACUCUCGAGCCUUUGAAGCAUCCUCUGUUGAAUGCUGCCUCCUCCUUCAGCAAACACGCUGCUGUACUUAUCUCCAACAUCAAAGACGGCUUCAACAACGUCGGCAAGGAGGCGCCAGAUGCCCUUUUGGCACUUUUAUGGGAUCAUCUUGUACAUUUUGUCUCACUGACCAUUGAGUCUGGAAGUAAGAAGGAUCGGCACGGCUGUGACGUUCUGACACUGACACUUCAAGCCCUGCAGAACGUGGUCUGCUCGGAAUCUCUUCCUGCAGACAAAGUGCUGGUUCUCUUCGAAAGCACCGUCAAAGGCAUCUCUCCGCGCGUUCUCGGCUCUGCCUCCUACCAAGUGGGCAAGAUGGAUGUGCUGAAUGGAACGCCAGCACUCUUCCUCAUUCUGCUCCUCUUCGACAGCAGCAUGCUGACGGCCUACAUCGAAGACGCCAGGUUUUAUCAGUGCCUUCAGACGCUGGUGGGCUGCAGCCUGUCGGGCCCCACCUCCCCGCUGGCAUUCGCCGAGGCCGUGUUGGGAGCGGUUGGCCGCAGCGCCCCCUCUGUGCACAACAAGGAGCACCUGCUAAGGAUGUGGAGUGUCGUAGUCGCCCCGCUCACAGACACGAUCACGCAGUCUAAUGAGGUCAACCAAGGGGACGCCUUGGAGCACAACUUCAAUGCCAUGCACUCAGCCCUGAUGUUCCCUGUCAAUCACCUGUUGGGUGGCUCGCCUCAGCAGCAGGCAGCCCAGAAGUCCAUGUUGUCUACUUGGUCCAAAUUGUACAAGGUGUUCGCACGCUGUUCGGCUCUGGUGGUUACUGCCGAGGAGAAUAUCUGCUGCGAGGAGCUGUGUGUCAAAAUGGCAGCCACGGUGGAUCGGAAUGCUCUUACAGUUCCAUUGACGUUGACAGCUUUUGCCUGCAUCCUUCAAGUCAUGGUGGAAUGUGUGGACUUCUCUCCCUACACGCCACAGUUCCAGCAGAAACUCAAGUCUCCACACACUCCAGUAAACUGGACCAGGAAGAGAAACAAGGCCCUUGGGAACCUGUCCACCUUCCAGUCUCUGUUGGUUCAGUGUCUGGAUGUUUACCUGGCAGGGGAGGAGAUUCCUUCAGAGGCCACAGGCGUGGCGCUGCUUUCUGUCUUGUCUACCAACUUUACCAACCUGGUGCUAGCUAACGCUAUAAAGGAGGUUCUGACCUCCCUAAUGCCACAUCUCUCAGGCCUCUACAAACAAGCAGCCUGCGAGCCGCCUAGAUUUACGACGGCGAUUCUUGCCAAGAUGGAGAAGCUUCUGGGUGAAGUCUUUUGCUGCAUUCAGAGCUGCACCACGUUGGCCAAUGACAAUGACCUCCUGGCUCUGCUUUCGCCGCUGCUCUGUGUGCUGUUCCCACACAAGAACAAGCAGUACCGCACAGCUGUCACCAACUUCUGGAAUUCCACCUUCGCCAAAACAGUCGGCCUGAUCUACCCGGAUGAGCUAAGACCAGUUCUGAGCCAAGUGAAGCAAAAGACUCCCAUCAUUCUUCCUGGCUUUGAAGCUGUCAGUGUUGCUGAUGAGCUCAGUGGACAGUAUUCCAGUGAGAGUUCCCAGUUAGAAACCAAACUCAGUGGUGUGAUAGUUGCCUCUACUGGAAAGAGGGACUCUCUGCUGCUGAAGACGGCUGAGCUGAAUGACCCAAGCUCCUCGAGGAUUUCUAAACUGGUUUCUACAAAACUGGACUUUGGUUCCCCCAAACUUCCCCGCAGGGAGAUACUGGAGGAAGAAGCCUCUGUUGACUUUGUGUUCAUUCCACCUGAAGCAAAGGAGAGAGUUUUAACAGAACACCAGAAGGAGGUUAAAAGGACUAAAAGGGUAGACAUACCUGCCAUGUACAACAACCUGGAUGCCUCUUUGGAUACUACAGUUUUCACACAGUACACACAAAGCCAAGAAGACACUCUGAGAAAAAUAACAAUUGAAGAACCUGACAAAGUUGCCCCAGAGGUUCCAGUCGAGAUUCCUCAGGAGCCUCUGUCAAAUGAGGUUGCUGAUAUUCACACACAGAAGACUCAAGAUUUUCCAAGCAUGAAAGCCUUAGGAAAUGAGUCAGCGAAAGAAGAGCAGGAAAUUGUACCAGAGUCAAGCCCAAAAGCCUUAGAAAAGGAGUUGGCGAAGGAAGAGCAGGAAAUUAUACCAGAGUCAACCAGUGUUUCAAUGGAGGAAGAUGCCAGAAGCAACGGCAGUGUAGAAAACAUGGAUGCACAAGCUGAAAAAAACAUCAGUCCUAACAUGUCAAGCUCUUCAGAUUUAGUCUCUGGAACGCCCCAAAAGUCCAGUGGUGGCAGCCGCCGUCAAUCCUUCAUUACAUUGGAGAAAUAUACUGAGGGAAAGCAUGCAAGCCCCAGCACUACGUCAUCGUUCACAGGUCCCCUCGUUAAGACCUCUGGUAGCCAGGACCUAAACACCCCCUCCCCUGAGACUUCCCAAGAACCCAUUGAUCAAAAUUCUGAGCUGUCCUCGCAGGAACUAUCAAAGUGUCAAGUGAACAACCUCCAAGAAUCACCGCGAAGGCCCAAAAUGCACAGUGACUGGAAUGUUGAGCCGUUAAGGCUGACUGAAAGGCUUACGAGUAAUGAAAGAGAAGAUGAUGAUGUCAUCCCAGACACACAGACUGAAGAUGUGGUCCUGGACAAUACCACACUGACUUCCACAUCAGAGGACGUGAGAAGCUCAGAUCCAGAGGGAUACUCUCAAGAGACUAUGGAUGUUUCGCAGUCGUCUGAGAGUUUGACUUCUCCAGGUGAGCGGAGACACCGCAAACAAGCCAAACAUAUACUCCGAGGAGAAAGUCCAGUUGAUUCAAGCACACCACAGAACAGACCAAAUACGAGAAGCAAGGUGGCCAGUGAAGAGGACAGUGGUAGAAUACGACUGAGGUCUCAGCGUGACAGUCGUCACUCAAGUCAAACUAAGCCUCAAGUUCGAUCACACAGGAAGGUCAAGCUGUACAGCAGCUCAGAGGGUUUCCUCCAUGAAUCUGAAAACAAAAGGAGAAGCACCAGAUCGCAAGAGUCAAGUCAAACGGACCUGCUGUCUGAAUCUGAAAGCCAGUCACAGCCAAAGCGCGGCCGACCUAGAAAAUCCUUGCCGGAGACCAGGGAAGAUCCUAUGAAGCCUAAGAAAACAUCUAGUCAAACGGACUUAAAAUCAGACGCCCAGUCCGAUUCUGAAAACCACUCUCAGCAAAGGCGCAGCUGGCCUACCAAAUCCAGACAGGAGGACAAGAACCCAAAGACUGUAUCUGAAACAAUGGCCAGUCAAUAUCAGCCGAAAUCAGACACUCACUCUGAUUUUGAAAGCCAGUCACGGCGAAAACAAGGUCGACCUCCCAAAUCCUUAUUGAAGCAUAAAGAAGAAUUUCUUAAGUAUCCAGAACAGCCUGAGAAACUGUCCAGUCAAGCGGACAUAUAUCCAGACACUCAAGCUGAUUCUGAAGGUAACUCGCCGCAAAAUGGCACCCAGUGUACCAGUUGCUUACAGGACCCCAGUGGGGGUGAUCUUAAACCUGACUUGUUGUCUAAGAAAAUGCCCAGUCAAACAGACUUAAAUCAAUCAGACACUUGGGCUGAUUCUGAAAGCCAGUCACAGCAAAAUAGUGGCCGACUCUCCAGAUCCUUAUGGGAGUCUAAAGAGGAGGGUCUUAAGAUGUCUGAAAAAAUGUCCAGUCAAACAGACACUCCGAAACCAAAGGGACAACAUGACCUGCCUCCAAAAUCCUUUGAGGCCAAGGAGGCGGAGUUUAUGAGUCCAGAGAUUACAUCUGGGAAAGUAUCCAGUAAAAUAGACUUGCAAUCAGACACUCAGUAUGAUACUGAAAAUCAGACACAACGAAGGAGUAGCAGAACUUCCAAAUCCCUAUCAGAAUCUGAGGAGGUUCUUAAGCCAGAACCGAUGUCCAGUCAGACAGACACACAAUCGGACACCGGGUCAGAUACUGCAACCCAGACCCAGCGAAAACGUGGCAGACCUUCAAAAUUGAGGCACAUUAUGGAGGGAAGUCAUUCCCAUGCACAGGGUUUGUAUAAACCUGGAGAACCAAUCCAAACUGCUUUGCUUCAGCUACCUGAGCAAAUAAUAAAGGAUGAAAAUAAGUCAGGUUCUGAAAUAGCCUCGAUCUCAUCCAAAACUCAUGGCCAAUCGCAAGAAAUUGAAGUUAUAGAACAGAGCAAAAAAGAGGAAAAAAAGUCUCAGAUUAUUUUAACUAGAGAUGCAUUCCAACAUGGAAUAAGCACACCAGGUUGCAUGCUUAGCAAACCGGAGGACAUAGAAAAAGAUGAGCCUGAAACUCGUCAAAAGUCACAAGAGCUCAUGCAAAAAGCCACUGAUAGUCAGCCUCUCCAAAGACGUAGACGAAGUAAGACAUCUUCAGAGGCAGCAGAGGAUAAGAGUGAACCAAAGGUCUUGUCCAGAAAGCAGAGUAAGUCUCAUUCUCAAGAAAAUAGUCCAGCAGAGGCCAGAGAAGGCAGUCGUACAAGAAGGAGCAACAUAGAUGAUCAGUGUUGUCCUACUUCCGCUCCAGAAAACGCUCAGUCUUUAGAUGUCGCAGUAUCCACAGAGUCUUCUCAAGGCAGGAAAUCAAGACGAAUAUCUUCCAAAGUGUUGACAGCCAACACACAGUCAUUAGAAUCUGAAUUGUCAGAGGCCAGAGAAAAAUGUUCCCAGCCUGCAAAGAGACGGAAAUCCCAGGGGAAAUCACUAAGUCCUCUCACUGGCAAGUCUGACAACAUUGACUGUUUUGUUACAAAGAAGGAUUUGGUGGCUCUAGAAAUGUCAGAACCCUCUCAAUUACAGGAGGAUUUCCCCAAAAGCCAAGAUUCCAUAGUUUUUGAACCACCGCAGAAGUCUGACAACUGCAAAGAAAGACAAAUGGAUGUCGCCACUCCUGGAGCACUGGAGCCUGUUCAAGAAAAACCUGAGCCUGAAAUUGCAAAGAACCAGAUCUCUCUCAGCUUGUCACCGAGCAAGAAGCAGGACAGGAAACAAAUCUCUCAAACUAAAGCAAACUCUCCUUCACAAGAUAGUGACACCGGAGACUUGGACUUAUCUGAAAUGUUGGAAUCAGAAGGGACCAUUGCUGAGCAGAGUCAGGAGGUCUUGUCCUCUGAGGCAUUUGCUGUAGACCCACUGACUCCCCCCGAGGUGGCAGAAGAGAAGCUGCAGCCCUCGGAGUCCUCAUCGGAGGAGACUACACCGAUAGUAGAAGAGUGUAAUGCUGUCAACGAAGAAGACACAGUUGUUCCAAUGAAGGAAACCCAGAGUUCAGGUUCAGAGUGUUCAAGCGUAGUAAAUGAGCUUACAAAGGCUGCGGAACUUUCUUCCGCCAAUAUCGAGGAUAAAUCACACCAGGUCUUACAAGACUUUAUACUUCUGCAUAAGUGCGUUAAAACUGAGAAUAUACCUUUAAGGGAAUGCCAGGGUGAAGAUAAAACCCAGAUGCCGAACACGGACGACGAUCCAGAAGCUGCUCAAAGUGAUGUUUGUACCACCGAAUCCACAAUGACGGCUAUCUCCCAGGAUUCUCCGACAAAGCUGAAAGACUUGGAGGCUGAGUUGAUGCCAGACAUGGUCCACAGCCCGGGCAAUAACAGGACCAAAGGAACCUGGUCGCUUUCAGCCUCUCCCUCAACUAGCAUCCUCAAAAAAUGCCAGAAAAGACCUCUGGAGGAGGAGACACCCUCUCCUCUUAUUAAGUCCAGGCGCGUGUCUUUUGCUAAUCCUAUUCAACAGCAGGAGCCUGCGGAUGAUAUUGAUCGCCGUAGUCCUGCUGUCAGAACAAGCUCCCCCAGAAGAGCCAAAGUCAGCAACCUCCCACAGCCUAAAUUUGUUACGACACCAACAAAGGGGGCCCUGACUAUGAGUCCCAGGAAUCUUCACAGUCCGAAUUUUAGGAGCUCCAAGAAAUGCCUGAUUUCUGAGAUGAGCCAGGAACCUCGCCCCGUUUCCAAAGACUGCAUCUACCCCGCCUUGGUCGGGUGUGCCGCACCCGUUGAAGCGGUCCUACCUCAGAUAUCAUCCAGCAUUUGGUCCCGCGGUUUUGGGCAGCUCGUUCGAGCGCGUAACAUCAAAACGGUCGGCGACCUCAGCGCUCUGACUCCCAAGGAAAUAAAAACUCUCCCCAUUCACCUGCCAAAGAUCGCCAAUGUCAAGAAAGCCCUCAAAACCUUUGAGCAACAGCGUAAAGGCAAAGGUGGAGACGACCUGAAGAGUUUCGUGGAGAUGGAAAUGAUGACUUCUGAGCCGGAAGAGACGUGCGCAGCGCCAAACCAAGAUGAAGAGGAGAAGCCCGGUGACAUGUUAGCCACGGAGUUGACUGAUGAGCCCGCCCCUGCCAAACUGGAGGAAGAGUGCGCCGAGGCGACGCCGGAGUUGAGCGCGUCCGGCUCACCAGAGAGCCCGUCGGGGGCUCCCGGGGGGGUCCUGGCCCGACUGGAUGCCCUCCACCGCGCUGUAACUCCACCCCAUCUGAGCGGCUGCUCGCCUCAGCAGCUCUUCAACAUCCACGAGCACCUGUCAGUUCUGAUGAGGCGAGUCAUGUAUGAGAUGCAGAGCCGCCUCGCCCCCGUCAACGAGCGCCCCUGAACGUACUGAACUGUGACCCCCCCCCCCUUAUUUUUUAUUUUAUUUUAUUUUUUAAGCACUGCAUAAAAUUUUUCAAAAGUGAUUUUAUUCUCUGCUUUUUAAACUCUUAACUACCAUCGUUAAAAGCAAACAACCUGAACUGAGCGACACACACGUAUUCCAGAGUUGUAUAUGCACCUCAUUCCCUACGUGCCUGUUUGUAGAAUGUUUACAAUGUGUAUAUUAUGUAGAAACACUUGUUUAGAUUUGUUCAUUUAAAUGUGUCACAUGCAAAUAAUAGUUGGCAUGUUUUUAUUUGUAGAACUUCAGUACUUCAAAUAAAAAGAUUGGAUUGAAUGUGUUUUGAAGAAGAAAGUUGAAUUGACUGUUUUUCAUUAGCAAACAGUAUUUAACAAAUUUUUUUCCCAUAGGAA